AACUCGGACAUCGGGCUCGGCUCUCUGGAUGAAAACGCAGCCGAUGUCUUUUCUCAGCUCGAUCAGGUCACGAACAACUCGCAGAAAAUAAACUCAUACGCCAACCUCAACGCUUCGGUCCAGGUCCUCUUAAGUCUGAGCAACAAAAUCAACAGCAUCAACAACGACACCACGGCCGACGACUUCUUUGAGUCCUCCAGUAAUCUUCUGGAGGAAUCUCUCAAAGACUCGUGGAAGAAGAAGUCUGGCCAAGAGAACAUUUCUCUGGCGGAGAGAUACCUGAGCUCCGUGGAGAAGCUGAUUGACGCCACAAACGUGACCCGAUUGAAGAAGAAGAAAAACAUCGAGGUGAUGGCGACCAACUGCACGAAGCAAAACACCAAAUGUUACAACAAGGUGUUCAACGUGUCCGUAACCCUCAAAAGCCCCGACCCCGGAAAUGUGAAAACGGCCGGCUUCAAAGAGCUGGAGAAGUAUUUACCGCAGAAAGACAAAACGCUGGAACCGAACAGCAUCGUAGUGUCAACGACGAUGGAGAACAAGAUCUCGUCCGUGGAGGUGGAGAUUCGCUUCCCGUUGUUGAGAAAGCGGCCUCCCCACGUUCUCAUGAAGUGUGUCGCGUGGGAUAAUGUCACCCAAGAUUGGUCUGGAGACGGUUGUAAGUGGAGCGGAGCGUCAGACGAAGGACUCUGUACCUGCAAACAUCUGUCCUCCUUCGCCAUCCUGAUGCAAAGGUAUCCUCUGAAGAUCGCCGGACUCGACCAAGUCACCCAGGUUGGUCUCGUGGUGUCCGUGGUUUCGCUCGUAAUCUGCCUCAUCAUCGAGGCGUUGGUUUGGAGCUCCGUGGUGAAAACAAACACGUUGUACCUCCGCCACACGGCUCACAUCAACAUCUCGCUGUGCCUCCUGGUGGCCGACAGCUGCUUUUUGGCGUCCAUGGACCCCGAAAGUGUCUCCGAGUUGUGGUGCCGUAUCUUCGUGGUGCUGAAACACUUCUGCUUCCUGUCCAUGUUCUUCUGGAUGCUGUGUUUGAGCGGCAUGUUGCUUCACCAGGCCGUCUUUCUGUUCCACAACGUGAGCAAGAAGACCUACCUGAGACUCUCCAUGUUCCUCGGCUACGUCUGCCCGCUGCUGAUCGUGGUCAUCACGUUCCUGGUGUAUGACGGAGGCAUUGAAGGCGAGUAUUUCUCCAAAGAAAGUUGCUGGUUGUUGUACGAGGGACUCAUGAAGGGCUCCAUCCACACCUUCUUUAUCCCCGUGGGAAUUAUCGUGUUCGUCAACAUUCUCUCCAUGAUGGUGGUGAUCAUGAAGCUGCUCGAUCACCCAAAGAACGCCGAGCGGACCAAUGAGAGCGAGAAGAAGGCGGCCGUCACGGUGAUGCGGUCGGUUAUUCUGCUGACUCCCAUCUUCGGAGUCACCUGGGUGUUUGGGUUCGCUGUGAUGUUGAUGGAUCUCACAUCUGGACCCAUUGCUAUAACAGUGAACUACCUGUUCACGCUGCUCAACGCCUUCCAGGGUUUGUUCAUUCUGUUAACAACAUGCGUGAUGGACAAAUCGACCCGAGAAGCACUUGGGAAACGUCUGAAGAAAAAUGCUUCAGCCUCGAUCUCCAGCAGCACCACAAAGCUACAAAGCACUUGGAAGAAGUGAAAAUGAUCCUAAAUAUGUUUCACACAUUUUACGUACAAUAUAUCUGAAUAGGCUUCAAGUUCGUACAUUUUUAUAGUGAUUACUUUGAUGUAUUCCCUGAUAUAUGAACACUGUGCAAUGCUUGUUUACCUGAUUCGUUUUUUUACAGGAAAUAUCUCCAUCUUGUUCCGAUUGAUUUUUAUUUAAAACUUCAUUUUAUUGCGACAUAUUGUUUGGGAAACACUGUUUAUUAAAUCUUUCUACCUAUAACCUCGUAAUGUAUAAUUACCUUAUUAGAUUUUUACGUGUUAUUAUUUUGUAUAUUAAUUAUUUGUCUCUGUCUUUUUGGGGUUUUGGUUUUCCUCAGAUUGUCUUUACUUGUCAUUUUUCAUUCUUUCUUCACAGUUGAACGAAUUGUUUUCAAGAUAAAUACAUGAUUUAAUACGGAGCUGUUUCAGGAUUACUUUGUGUAGAAACUCACUUCUAUAUAUCUGUCAUUUGAAUCAUUUGAGAGGUAGUCGACUGAGAUGUUCUUGAGUUCAAGAAAGCGCUAAAUAAAUAGAUUUUCACCCAAAAACUAUUCAUUAAAACUUAAAUGUUCUAUCGGUGAAGCAAAUGUUUGUUUCUUAACACUGUGCACGGUAAAGUGACCCCGUUUG